CUUGCAAUACCCACAUCCAUUGAACGUCUCCACUGCGUGGGCUGAGAAACACAGUCAGGAUGAGACGUGUGAGGACCGACCUUCAGCGUUCUUCAAGAAGGAGACGUCGAACCGAGGAUGGGCGCUUCGGUUGCGACAGACAUCCCGGGUGUGGGGACAGCUGCUUGUCGCGUCGGUCAAUGCUCGGAAGGGGGUAGGGGGACGGACCGCUGGUGAGGGAAGACCUUGCACAUAGGGCAAACACUGACGACGAGGUCGAUGGAGCCUUGAGCGUAACACAUCGUGGGUGUAGGAGGAAGAGAAGGAAAGGCUCGGACAUGUGCAUUAUAUUAGAGUUGUGAUGAUAUCGAUGUUGACUUGGGAAUAGCUGGAAUCGUUGGAUGCGUUGGCCGCGACAGUGUCGACAUAUUGUACAUCUUGGUAGAUAUAGUAUUAGCGAAAGCCAAGGUCACCAUGAGGCCUGAUGAGGCUGCCGGCCACGAUGCAAGCCAGUUACCUACUCACGGCACCCAUCAAAUCCGGCCGCGAAUUACCGUUACCGCUUGUGGACUUGAAGCUAUCUCUUCCUCUCACCAUCACUCACGUUCACUAUGGGCAAAUCCCAAUCCAAGCUCUCGCCCGAACAGCUUGCCGAUCUGCAGAAGAAUACGUACUUCGACAAGAAGGAGCUACAGCAGUGGUACAAGGGCUUCCGCAAGGAUUGCCCGUCGGGGCAGCUGGACAAGACGGAGUUCAGCCGGAUAUACAAGCAGUUCUUUCCCUUCGGUGACCCUGGUGAAUUCGCGGACUACGUCUUCAACGUGUUCGACGCGAACAAGAACGGGACGAUCGACUUCAAGGAGUUCAUCUGUGCGCUGAGCGUCACCAGUCGCGGGCACUUGGAUGAGAAACUGAAAUGGGCAUUCCAACUGUAUGACAUCGACAAGGACGGGACUAUAACCUAUGAUGAAAUGCUCCAAAUCGUUCAAUCCAUAUACAAGAUGACGGGGGAGAUGGUCAAGCUGCCUUCUGACGAGGACACGCCUGAAAAGGUGUGGCCACUUGAUGAGCUUCGUGGAGACCAUCUGUGCUAAUCUGUCAUCUCAGCGUGUGGAUAAGAUCUUCCGGAACAUGGACCGAGACAAGGACGCCAAGCUCACAUAUGAAGAAUUCGUAGAAGGAAGCAAGCUGGAUCCGACCAUUGUGAAGGCAAGCCGUUUGUCCCACGUCUUUCCUCUGCUGGCUCACGCGCAUGCAGGCAUUAUCCCUCUACGACGGACUGGUCUAAUGCGUUACUUCUCCGGCCCAACUGCUCCCGAAUUGAGGAAGUGGUUUCUACUGUUCGUUUUCCUCUUGCUAUCUAUGAAACGGCCCUGUAUGAUCAACCCCGAAAUGUAGUUGUACAUCUGUAACCAGUCGUGGUUUGACUGGAUUCGGCCUGAAAGCUGUAAACGCUGAUUAUCAAUGGCAGCACGUGACAUGCUUACUGCGUGAUACUGCGCAAAUCUCGAUCUGGGCCUCGGUUCGAAUUCAACCGCAGCUUGGAUACAUACAGAAUUGCAAAUAUAGACUUUUGUUG